UCUGUCCUCCCCUCCUCCCCACCCCCCGUUCUAUUACUUGCAGGCCGUUGGAGGAAGGAGAAAUUUUAGGCGGGAAAAGCUGCGCCUCCUGCCUCGCGCCCCCGCGGCCUACCGCGCGCCGGGAAGCGCCAGGCGACGGCGGAGGCGAGAUGCUGGGCGCAUGUGGCAUGCAGAAAUGUCACCAAGAGGCUCUGAAAAAGAAUCGUGUUUCCCUAGCAAAGCAGCUAGUUUUGAAGGAACUGAUGGAACACCUCAUAGAAAAUGAUGUGAUCACUGAAGCAAUGAUGGAGAUGAUACAGGGCAAGUCUGGAAGUUUUAGCCAAAACAUAGAAUUCUUGAACCUGCUCCCAAAGAGGGGUCCCAAAGCCUUCUCAGCUUUCUGUGAAGCUUUACAAGAAACCAAACAGCAGCACUUAGUGGAAAUGCUCCUGAGCACCAUUCCCAGCCAUAGCAACGGGAAUGCAAGGCUGAAUUCUGGCUAUGAGGAAAAGCUGCCAUUUCCUAUAUCUGAAUCAGAAAUCUCUCAAAAAAGGCCACGGUGGCAACUUGCAGAACCAGUGGAGCAUUCUCUGGAUGAUGGAGAUGGUCCUCACUAUCCUCAGGUGAAGCUGUGCACCCCAGAAUUCUAUCAUGAGCAUGAGCACAUGGCAUACAGGAUGAAAUCACACCCUCGGGGCUUGGCGCUGAUACUUAGCAACGUGCAUUUUAGCAGUGAGACAGACCUAGAGUUCCGUUCUGGUGGCAAUGUUGACCAAGCUGCCCUAGAAAUGCUCUUCAGACAUCUUGGGUACCAAGUGAUGGUACAGCAUGAUCAAACUGCACAGGAAAUGCAUAAGGAGUUGGAAAACUUUUCAAAGCUUCCAGUUCACCGAGAUGUAGAUUCCUGCAUAGUAUCACUUCUCUCACAUGGCAUAGAGGGUGGGGUCUAUGGAGUGGAUGGCAAACUGCUUCAGCUGCAGGAGAUUUUCAGGCUCUUUGAUAAUGCAAACUGCCCUAGGCUUCAGAAUAAGCCCAAAAUGUUCUUCAUUCAAGCAUGCCGGGGAGAUGAGACAGACCGUGGAGUGGACCAGAUAGAUGGGAAUGAGCGUGCUGACUCCCCAGGUUGCGAAGAAAGCGAUGCCAACAAGAAAGAGAAUCCCAAGCUGCGUCUUCCCACUUGCUCUGAUAUGAUAUGUGGCUAUGCCUGUCUGAGAGGCACAGCUGCUAUGAGAAACACCAAACGUGGGUCCUGGUAUGUAGAGGCUCUGACCUCUGUGUUUGCUGAAGAUUCCAGAAAUACGCAUGUGGCUGACAUGCUUGUAAAGGUGAAUGGAAUGAUCAAGCAUCGAGAAGGUCAUGCCCCAGGCACCGAGUUCCACCGCUGCAAGGAGAUGUCAGAGUAUUGUAGCACUCUUUGCCAGGACCUUUACUUGUUCCCAGGAAUUAACUCUGUCAUCUAAGGGGGCCACUGCCUCUAAGGCCAAAGUCCAUGUAAUACUCUGUGCCAUAGGAUGACCUCCUGUAGAGGUCUAGGGCUACUCUUCCCUUACAGCAUUUCAUAUUGAAGGUAGGGGGCAUUAAGCUGUCCUGUUUAGGAAGCGGUUGACUGAUGAACAUAUGAUACUUGUUCUGUUGUUUCUAACAGUUUUUCUGAUUUUAUUGGGAAUUUCAUAUGUUAUCAGAUAUUGUGACCUAUGGAAAUUAGCAUAUAAAUGUCUUUAAGUUGAUCAUGCCUGGCUAAGCCAGCUUUCUUACUCACUGUGCAGCUUUCUUACUCAUUGUGCAAAUUUCUCUAAUAUCAGUUUUUCAGACAGACUUUGGCAACUUGUUGAUGCUUGCCACCCAGUUUAGGUUUUAUAAGUGUAGUGUGUUUAUGUGCCAACAUUGAGGUUGAUGGGGAGCACCUAGGUAGCGAGUAUUUAUCACAACAGGAGUGUGAGAAAUAGCAUUCAUAAAGCUUUUAUAAAACAAAAACAAAAAGCAUGCUUUAUAAAUUGAAUUUUGCUUUAAGACAAAAUUGUGGCCAGCCAAGCAAAUUUGGCAAAACCACUAGCUAAACUGAAAAGGAACCUUCUAAAUAAAUGAAGGACAUGCAGACUAAUAAAGACAGUUUGGAAUAGUUAGGUUAAUGCUAAAGUCAUUUUAUAUCUUUCAUCACCCCCUCCCCCUCCAAAAAAUAAUAAUAAUGAAUACACGUGAAAUUUCUAUUUUGCUAAAAAGAUAUCCUCCCAAAUCUGUUCUGCUUAUUUUCUCAAAGAAGUUGAUAAUUAUUAGCACAAACUCACACCAGGGCUUGGAAACAAUUGAAACAGGUUUCCAUUCCACAAGGUGUUUCUAAUGAUAUAACAAGUUUGUCUUUUUGACUUCUGUUGUUGCUAUUUCCAUUAUUCUCAAUGGUAGCAUACCCUGUGAUGACUAUAGUAGACUUGUCAUUUUAUUAGGAGAUGUUUGCCUACACUGUAUAUGUCUAUAUUUUCUUGCCAUCCAUCCCAUGAUUCCCUAUUCAUUGUGGGUGAAAUUGAUCCUCAUGAGCAGAGGCAUGGCUAUAAGCCCCCCACCCCCCAGCUGCUCAGAUGCCACACAUGGCUUUUUAAGGGCAAAUCUACACAUUGGCAGAGUUAGGGAAAUCUCUGCAUGCCCAUUUGCACACCUGCUUUGCUCCUCCCAUUGUGUGAGCAAACAGUUCAGGAAGUCUUCAGUUAAUUAUGCAUUCUUUUCUCCAGUACUGUAACGGCCCCCUUUUGCGGGACCUGCCAUUUUAAGAAACUCACUUGCAAAAUGAGGACAAUCCUCAAGAGCCAGUCUUAUUUAUAUGUGCAAAUGUAUACUCCCAGUGGUGCAACAGUCCUGGCACCCAGUAGCCACAGGUGGUUAAAAGCCUGGACUUUUAACUGGUGCAUAUGUUUGCUGCAGAGGACAGGAAAUGUGCUCUAUUCCCUCUCCCCCCCCCCUUUUCUUUUUUUUUAAGUUCCAUGCCAUACCUAAGUUUUGCUGUUACAUUCUUGUAUAUUGUUGCCUUCGGCAUCCUAAUAAACCUGCAGCCAAGGACUGUAUGCUUAAACAAGCUGCCCUUGAUCAGCCUUUAUCAUUCUCUUUUGCCUAAGAUUUUGAAAAAAUAUUUUUAUAGGAUUUUGAUAUAUAUUUUUAAAAACAAACAUAAUGGUUAGGAAAAUAACAUGAGGCAGAAUAAUCUAACAAGAGGCCAGAAGCUUAGAAGGUCCUCUUGUCCUGCCCUAGUGCAGUUGAACUGCAUACCACACCUGUUGAGCAGUAGCCAUUUCAGGGCCAGUGAGCAGCUCAGGGUGACAACUCAAAGGUUCUUUCCUCUGAGUAAAAAUAGAAAAAAAAACAUGGGAGUCCUCUCUGGAAAUUGGUGCUUGAUAACUGUACUGUGUUAGUACAGACGUCUCCUCCUAGUUUGAGAAAGGAGAGGGCAGGUCUUUGUCACUGCCACUUUUUAUAAACUUUGUAUAUAAACUAUAUCUUCAUGUGCCAAAAUAAAAAGUGAUCUUGUUUUCUAA